AUGACCACUCAGAUCCUAGGUGUCCCGGCAUCUGUGCCCCUGUACUUCACAGCCACGGCGCUGGCGAAGCUUGCUCACCAGGAUGGAGAGGUGGCGAUCGUGAAGGCGGCCAAGAAGGCUGGCGUGCCCUACAUGCUUCCAACUCUCAGCUCUUACACUCUUGAUGAGAUGCUGGCGGCACGGACCCCGGACCAGCAGGUGUUCUCCCAGCUGUACGUGAACCCAGAGCGCUCGAGGUCCGAGGAGUACGUCAAGAAGCUGGAGGACGCGGGUGUCAAGGCGCUCUUCGUCACUGUAGACGCACCCCAGCUCGGCCGCCGUGAGAAGGACAUGAGGAACAAGUUCACCCAGCAGGGCUCGGAUGUCCAGGGCGACGAUGAGGACGAGGGUGCUGUGGACCGUUCCCAGGGUGCUACCCGCGCCAUCAGCAGCUACAUCGACCCUGGCCUCAACUGGGAGGACGUGCCGUGGCUCAAAAGCAUCACGAAGAUGAAGGUGCUGCUGAAGGGCGUGCAGUGCGCCGAGGAUGCCGUGUCCGCUUACAAGGCUGGUUUGUCAGGCUGCGUGUUGUCCAACCACGGCGGCAGGCAGUUGGACACCUGCCGCCCGGGCAUUGAGGUGCUCCCCGAGGUCAUGGAGGGCCUCAGAGAGGCUGGCGCCACCAAGGAGAACUUCGCCGUCUUCAUCGACGGUGGCGUGCGCCGUGGCGGCGAUAUCUUCAAGGCCGUGGCGUUGGGCGCGCAGGCAGUGGGUGUGGGCCGCCCGGUCCUCUACUCCCUUGCCUCUUACGGCAUGAACGGCAUCGUCCGAAUGGUCCACAUGCUCCAGGAUGAGCUCCAGAUG